UGGAGAUGUUUUGCAGGAGCUUCAUUUUUAAGUGUUCAUUCAUCAAACCGCGGUGUUGUGAGAGAGUUUGAGCAGCAGACAGACAGACAGACAGACAGACAGACAUGCAGCCGUCUGUGGAGUCGCUGGUCCGACUGCUGGAGUCAUACAGAGGAAGAGAUAAAGUUAUCCGUACGGUCUGUUAUGGCUCGCAGCUGGUCGGAGGAGUUCUCUCUCGAAAAGAAGAAACGGACGUUUCAUCCCAGCGGCUCGGGAAACGUCUGCUGCUGUUCUCUGCUCAGCUCAGCCACUGCCGCACGGUGUUGAGGCUGUUUGAUGAUCUGUCCAUGCUGGCGUACUCCCACAGCUAUGGGUUUGGAGGCGGGGAGGAGGACGCAGGCGUGCGCUGGAUAUCGGUGCUGACCAACGUGGCCGACCAACUCUACUACCCCUGUGAGCACAUCGCUUGGGCCGCUGACGCCGAGCUCAUCAAAGUGAAGUCUGAUAAGUGGUGGCUGCUCAGUACGGUGCUGUGGGGAACCUCGCUGCUGCUGGGAAUACUCAGAUCUCUCCGAGUUCUGCUGCUACUGAAGAAGAAGCUGAAGAGAUGUGAGAGGGAUGGAGGAGGCAGCAGUCGUUCACAGCUCCACAGACAGAUGCAAGGGGAGGCCCUCUCCAUCCUCAGCAGCAUGGCUGACCUCAGUAAUGCCAUUCACUGGAUGCCGCCCGGCUUCCUGUGGGCAGGACGAUUCCCCAACUGGCUGGUGGGGCUGAUGGGCACCAUCUCAUCGCUGAUUGGUUUGAUCCAGAUGAAUGCCGGAGACGGCGACGAGACAGACAGCACAUAGUCCUCAACCUCACAGUGAGGAUCAGGUGCUUUGGUGACUGCUGGAAAAUGCUGAGUGAAAGGAUGUGCAGCAGAUCUUUGUCUGUGGAGACUGAUUUCUGUCUUGCACUGAAAAUGUCUGAAAAACAUAAAAUCACUUGGACCUUUAACUGGAUGAUAAUUGAAUAAUCUAAGUAGACUUGUAGCCAAUCAUCAGAUGAUACUAAAAGCUUCUUGAUCUUCAGUCAGCGGACAGUUUGAGGUUAGGCUUGAUGAUGAGAUGAAUCUAUCAAAUGUCUCUUGUGGCUAAUCGGAGGCAGCUCUUGGAGUAAAUUGACUUAGUAUUUAGCACAUAAUUAUCUCCUACUUACCCCACACGGCCAAUAGUAUUUGUGUUUAGAAAUUAAAGCUGUUUUGAUGCAAUGACACUGUGAAAAGAAUGAUAAAUUGCUUCCUUAUGUAUACACACUCCAAACAUGUAAUUCCAAUCUUGCAUUUUUUUCUUAUGCAGUGAUGCAGAUGUGCAGAUUCACAAAAAGUGGAUUAAUUAUUACACCUUUUUUUUAAGUCACUCACAAAUGAUAGAUUUCUGUCACAUCAUGUUAAAGACUAACUGGAAAUUAGUAAAGGAAAACAAGAAAAUUACCCCAAAAUGAAUAUUAAUAAAUAGGGGAGGACUAUAAGACAAUUAUCCCCCAAAAAAGAAAAACUGUCCAGAAAGCUGCAUUUUUACUUUUUAUUUUGCUUACUUUCAGUUAAUUGUC